AAGAAGAAGAAGAAGACGAAAGUUGUUGACGAUGGCGUCUGUUCGCGCAGCGUUGAUAGCGGCGUUAAAAUUAAAAGUGUUGAACAUUACGAGGGUGUCUCCUCUUCUGAAAAACAUCACUGCAGUCCGUCAGCCACAGCAGCUGCCCCGAUCCCUGAUUCCAGCAGGGGUUCAGCACUUCAGCACCUCCUCAACUGAGGAGCAGCCACUGAUGCCAAGUUCAUUUGAGGAUAAAGUACACCUCACCGACUCAUGCGUGAAGAGACUGGCGGAAAUCAUGGAGAAGGGUGAGUACCUGAGGAUUCAGGUGGAGGGAGGAGGCUGCUCCGGCUUCCAGUACAAAUUUUUAAUUGAUGGUAACAAGAAUGAAGAUGACAGAGUCUUUGAGCAGGGGGGCGUGGCCGUUAUCGUGGACGCGGACAGCCUGGAGUUUGUGAAAGGAGCCACGGUGGACUACAGCCAGGAACUGAUCUGCUCCGCCUUCCAGGUGCUCAAGAAUCCUCAAGCCGAUCACGGCUGUUCGUGCGGGACGUCGUUCUCUGUGAAACUAUGACGCUGCCUCCCCGUUCAACUGCUCAGCUUGUUUUACUUAGAGUUCACUUCCACAGUUGUCAGUUUAUUAGGCACUCAAACACGCUACCAUGAAAUAUUACCAACACUUACAAUUCUGCCAGCUAAUGAUUAUAAUUAUUAUUCAUUUCAGUUCAUUCGUUUGGGUUAUAAAAUGGAAAAAGUACUGAAAAAUAUUUAGUAUUUCACCAAGCCUCUUGGUGCCUUUGUAAAAAUGUCUUGUUUUACUUAUUUAUUUAGCCAACAGUUCAAAUAUAAAACAAAAGCAGCAAACAUUCACUUCAUGAAAAUAAUAAAAAAUAAAGGAUCACAAUUGUUAUUUGUUAAAUUCAGAAAUGAUCGUGUCAAUUUGAAAGCCAGUUGUAUUUCUACAGUUCAGAGGCUGGAUAGAUGAUUAGUUCCAAGUUGGUGGGAAUAACAAACAGUAUAGUUGUAUAUGGCAACACUGGAGUAGGAAGUCCUCAAAAAAAAAAAAAAAACUGGUGAGGGAAGCCACCAAAAUACCCAUUACAAUUCUGAAGUCAGCUUCUAUAGUUGCGAUUGGAGAAACUGGGCAGAAUGCAACUUUUUCUGUGUGUGUUGCAUCAGCUUCACGUUGGAGUGUAAAUUUCACACCUUUGUUUUUAAUAGAAGAUUCUUCUGUGUAACUGGUGAUGCAACAGCAAAACUGUCAUGAUGUCAUUUCUCCCUCACAGCCAUAGAAACCUGCAACUCCAUCAGUUGUCUUGGUGGCUUCCCUCACUAGGCUUCAUGUAUCCAUCCAUGAGCUUCUAUUUAAAAAAAAUUAAUACCAACUGGCUUUAAAAGUGAUGAUUUGCUGUAAAUUAAUCCAAAGGUUGCACUGAACUGUUACAUGUACAUUUUCAGUCUGUAUUUGGUUCAUUGUUGACACUUUGUUCUGUACAGGACAGUGUAGUAAGUCACCACAUCUUGUGUCACAGUGAUUGUGACACACACACACCUCUCUGAAAGACUACAUAUCUGAUAACGAACUGAAUGCAGCGCAGCCUUAUUGAUUAAUCGAUGUUAGUUUGGAAAUGUGACCUGCUGGUUGAUGUAAAUUUGCAGUUUUUUAUCUACAAGUUGCAAAUAAUACAAAGUGAACAAAGGCUCAGCUAAAGUUUGCUUUCUGUGCUUUGAUUUAUCUUUGUAUGUAAAUUUUGUAAACUAAAUAGGUCAAAGUGUAUCUGCUAAUAUAAGAACUUGUGUUUUCUUACUGUAUAAAAUUGUGUGAAGAUGAAA